AUGCACUUUCCUUCUAAGCUUUUGCUCGCCGUCUACGCCGCUUUGGCGGUCGCUGCCGAUUCCGACACCGAGGAAGACACCACCAUCACCCUGAUCAUCACCAUCCAGGCGACGUUGGUGGUGCCUUCUAACACCCCUGACCAACCUCAGGACACCACCCAGGCUAACGAAACCACCAGUACCGGACCCUCGCCCCAACCCUCGGCCGAGCCUGCUUCCACUGAGCCUGCUUCCACUGAGCCAUCUGCGGAACCCUCGACGCAACUGUCGUCGGAACCGUCGUCGGCACCCUCGUCGGAACCCUCCGCGCAACCUUCUGCCAAACCUUCUGCGGAACCUUCGCUGCAACCUUCGUCGGUAGAACCCACCACCUCCACGCCCACUACUGCCGUUGAAGAACCCACUUCGGUUUCUCAACACACUUCGUUGGCUGAAGUCUCUAUUGAGCCCACCAGCACCCAAGCCCCCGCUGUCGGGAACAACGGGAGCCCCGAGAUCUCGGUGGCGGAAAACGCUGCCUACAAGCUUAACCUUGGCUGGGCCAUGGCUGCUGGCGCCGUUGGUAUGAUGUUGUAA